UUGGCUCAACUCACAUUCCUUUCCUACUCCAUUCCAUUCCUUUACUCCACACAUCACACAACAAAUAAAUUCUUGAAAAUAUUCCCUGUAGAAAACACAUACUUUUCGAUACCUGAAAUAUCUACACGAAAUUUGCUGCAAAUGGCCAAUGAGACGGAGCAGCUGGUCUGCCACGUGGAACUGGAAAGCAAUGGAGUUGGCGAAUUCGAGUCGGGAUACAGCGUGAACGGCAAGCCCAUUCUGCCGCCCAUGAUGUCUGACUGGAAAAGACUGGAAAUGAUGCGCCUGCGCUUAUGCGCCCUGACCAAGGAAGCAAUCCUCAAGAGAAACCAGUUGACCAACCGUAAACUCAAGGAUGCUUCGACCAACACCAAAAUAUUUCAUGGAAUCGGACCUUUGGUGGUCAUGGGUCGUCUUCGCCAAAAACUGGAGCAAUCGGAGACCAUUAUCUACGAUCACACCGCCAACUUGGUCAUGCAGAUCUCCGCACCCCUGAAUACGCCGGUUCUGAUGACCUCCAAACUGGUGAUCGAGGAUGCUCCGCCGGCUAGGCCCCAACGAGCUGUUCUUAAGGUAACACCCAUUGAAAUGGGUGCAUCUGUGAGUGCUUGGGUAACCAAACCAGAUCCACCGAAGCCUGAGAGCGCCCAGACCAAGGAGAAGAUUGUGGAGCCACCGAAGCGAUGCAACACCUGCCCUGAUCUCUUCAAGCUGCACCACCUACUCUGGCAGAGAAAUCCGAAUCAUGUACCCAUGCCGCAGCUUACGCUGGCCAUCAAAAGUGAUCCGCAGAUUGGAAAGCCUACCAAGUCAUCGACGGCCAGAAAUCUUAGCCGGAUUCCCAAGCCCAUCGCCUGCCAGGUGAGCAAGACUCCCAAGCUCCCCAAAACCCAGACUACCAACCCAGCGCGACGCAACUGUGAUGCAAAAAUAGCCCCCAAACGUGCCAGGACUCCAGCUGCCCCCGCCAAACCGAACGCUCCUUCCAAAACCGCCCACUUGAACGAGCCGAAAAGCAUCAGGACUCCAGUGCUGGCUCACAAGAGACCAGGAUACAUGGAGAACGAGCUGCAGCUGCAGAAGAACCUCUUCCAGUCCCUGGUCCUUCGACAGGCCGAGGAGAACCAGCGCCUGCAGGCCAAGAUGCAAGAGCAGCACCAGGGUCUCAUCACCUCGAUGAUCAACGAACUCAACCACGCCGUCGAGAUCUCCAACCCCAUCUACCCCUUGGACAGGGCCUCGGAGCGGGACACCUCCAGCGAUCCCAGCCAGAACUAGCCAACCGAACUCGGAGGUCUCAGGUGGGGAACAUUCCGUGAGAUACAAUGUCAAAAUUUAUUAUGUUCACCCGGGAACGAAGUGAGAGAAACUACUGAGGAACAGAAACAGACGGGGAGAACAUACCACACAAAGCUCCGCCGAGAAUUUUCAAUUUUCUUCGUUCGUUUAUUGAAAUUGAAAAUUCUUGAAAGCAGCAUUUCGAAGCGAGAGCAAAAGGAAUUGUCAGUUCGGGCAGGAAAUGUAUGUAGUUACUCGUUGGGGCGCGUCUUAUCGAUCGGUAUUAUAGAACUCUGUAUAUAUCAAGUGGAUUAUGCAUAGUCCCCCCUAAAGGUCUUAUAUCUUUAAUAAGAUUUUUGUAUAAAAUGUCA